AUGUCGCAAAAGACCCAAGAACCAGUCAUCAACAAAAUCUCAGACCUACCCAUCGAACAGGCAAAAUGGGUGACUCUCAAGAAAAUCGACUACACAGACCAGAUCGGCAAGCAGCGCACGUGGGAGGUAGCCACGCGCAAGACGCGGGGCAAAGCGGGCGUCGACGCCGUCGCCAUGGGCAACAUCCUCUUGCACCCGUCGCGGCCGGCAUCCACCAUGCUCGUGGUCCAGUACCGGCCGCCGCUGGACGCGUACACGGUCGAAUGGCCGGCGGGGCUGAUCGACGCGGAGGAGACGGCGGAGCAGGCCGCCGUGCGCGAGUUCAAAGAGGAGACGGGGUACGACUGCCGACUGCUCAGCAUCAGCCCCGUGCAGGCCGCCGACCCGGGCAUGAGCGACGCCAACAUGCAGAUGGCCAUGGUCGAGGUGCAGCUGCGCGAGGGCGACGAGGAGCCCGAGCAGCGCCUCGAGGACGGCGAGCACAUCCAGCGCGUGGUCGUGCCUCUGAGCGAGCUGUACGACCGCUUGGUCGAGUAUUCCAAGGCCGAGCGCACUAUCGUCGCGGCGAAGCUGUUCCAUUUUGCGGCGGGGAUGCACUUUGCGCAGACGCAGAAGUACUUUUAA